AUGCAAGGAAUGCAUAUUGAUGAUAAACCGUCUACUUCGUCUCAAUUCAUGUUACCAAUGGUAUUUGAAAAUCAAUCUUUCAACCAUUCUCCACAUCAUCAACAACAGCUACAAAAACAACAUUGUAAUCGUGCACGGUUUUUUUACCGAUUGCGUCAAAAGAAAAAACAACGUCGUCUUCAACAUGGUCCAUUACCUGUACGUCAUCAUCAACAACAUGUAGAAGAAAUUAAAAGACAUAAUCAAGAGCAAAAAAUGGAAAAUAAAUUGAUUAUCGCUAUAGUUGGUUCAUUUAAAUCAGGUAGCGAUUCUGCUGAUGCUCUAAUUUGGUUAGAAUCCCCGGACGAUCAAAUUUUUAUGCGCAAUGUCAAUCAAUUAAUUUUCAUACUUGGCACAAAUGAUAUUCAUCGAGUUGGAGCUUUUCAGACAGUUGAACGUAUUGAUUAUACAAUCGAAAAAAUUCGACGCUUAUAUCCCGACGUAAAUAUUGUUUGGCAGCUUCUUCAACAGCACACACGAAAGACCUGGCUUUUACCUGAAGGCCAGGCAGUUUUAAAUGAAAUUGAAAUAUGUAAUAGGCUUCUACUCGAAUUGGCUGCUAAGAAGAAAUUUGAUACUAUUCAACCAGCAAUACCAAUUCAAUGCAUGUACGACGGUCUACAUCCAUCGAGAUAUGGAGUCGAAAUAAUGGAGGCAACCAUUCGUAACUAUCUACAACAAAACAAAAUGGUAUACUCUUCCUCGUUUUCAAAUAUUUCUCAUCGUUUUCAAAGUAACGUAUAUCCUCCUCCAUUAAUGUCGAUCAAUCUUUAA